CCAACAUUCUACAAUUCAGCCCACAAAUAUUUUGGUAAGCCCGUUAAAAGGCGAAACCCUAAUAUGGGGGAAAGGAAAAGCAUCUCCUCCGGUAGUCCAGUCCUGACAAAACCUCCAAGAACGAAAAGUCGGUCUAUCUCCACCGCCAUCUUGUCUUCCGUUGGAAUUGAAGAAAAUGGAUUUCUCAUCUCCGUCGCCGCCAAUGGGUAGUGGUCAAUCACCGGAAGCAUUGAUGGAACAGGUGCAGGCGCAGCUAGCUCAAGCGUACAUGGAGGAGUUGGUUGAGACACUGAGAGGAAAAUGCUUUGAUAAAUGCAUAGCGAAGCCAGGAUCAAGCCUAAGCAGUGGCGAGAGUAGCUGCGUCUCUAGAUGCGUUGAUCGUUACAUGGAAGCUACUGGAAUCAUUAGGCGUUCUCUCUUCUCCCAACAGCGUUGAGCAAACGCUCUUUUCGUUUACGAAGAAGAAAAAAGCUGUUGUUUUACUUUUGUUUGAGUCUUUUUCAUUAAGACAAUCAUAUCGGGGUUGGUCUCUUUAUAUUGGUUUUGAAGGUGGUGAUAUAACUUUAUUACAGUGUUGACGACAAUGAUCUCCGCUUAUGAUCACUAAAAGUUGUUUGGAAAUCAAAUAUGUUUCUUGAUGAA